UCUGUAAGGCCUUCCCCGUUCUGGUCCUCUUGCAGGUCACACAGGCUUGGACAUCUGAAACUGUCAUUGACUCUCGGCUGUGACUAGAGCACUUGCGCACUGAUUGUUGCUCACCAUGGAGGACAGAUUGUUGCUGAUAGCGAUCUAGAGGAAGUAGAAGAAACUGGCCGAGUAGAACCUCCCAGAAGAAAAGAAACUCCAAUGGCUUCCCGAGGAAGGCCCACGCCAUGUGGACGAUCCAUGGCCGGAAUUCUGGAUGUUCAUGUCCAUUACGCGGCAGGGCUCCCCUCGAUGUGUGACUAUGGCGAGCAGGACGUUUAUGUUCGUUUCUUAUUCGGCGAGCUCGAUCCCCUCUCGGGUGCCGUGUUACAGACCAGGACGGUCCGCAAGGGCGGCACGCGGCCCAUAUUCGACCAGUCGCUGCAAGUCGGAGUCCCGUCAGGCGAGCAGCGUCUCCGCUGCGAGGUGUUCAUGUCGCAGCCGCGCGGGCGCGAUCAGCUGCUGGGCGCCGCGAACGUGUCGCUGGACGAGAUUAUAGCGCGUACGGCGAAGCUCUCCAAGAAACCCGCCGAGUUCAAGCUCCUAAGCAGCAGCAGCGCGCCCGCCGGUGCGCUCGUGCUCACGCUCACCUACCACGGCCGCUCCGCCUCUUCCUCUCGCCCCGCCGCGCAAUCCGCCGCGCAGCCCGCCCCCGCGCAACACUCGGCGCAGUACGCCGCGCAGACCGACGGACAAGCUGGCGCGGCGGCUGUGGCAGCAGCGGCGGCUGGCGGAGCGUUCACACGGCCUGCGUUUCCACCUUCUCCGCAAGACUCCGCCACCGCCGCCGCCGCAAACGCGCUGCUUCCCGCAAAGAGAACCCCCCCCCCGCUCCCCGCGUCGCUCGCGAUGGCUGCGUCUCCGCCCCUCCCCGCGCCCCUCCCCGCAUCCCUCCCCGCGUCUAGUGCCGUAGACGCGAUAGCAGCGGCGCUCUUUCCGCGCGCGCACAACCAAGCGCAAACUCAGGCGCAGCCGCAGAUGCUGACGUCAUCCCAGCUGAGUUCGCCGAUGUUUCCCCGUGCCACCUGUCCGCGUCCCGCUCCCCCGUCCCAGCCCGCCGCGACUGCCCAGGGGGCAGCCGCUUCCGCGCCGUCCCCCUCGUUUUUGCAUCCUCUCCCCUCGUCACUAUCACAUCCUUCCCCCUCGUUACAGUCGCAUCCUCCCCCUCCGUUUCAGUCGCAUCCUUCCGCCUCAGUGGCGCCGUUGCUUUUCAACCGCCUGGCGGCGUCCGCCGCUGUGCCCUCGUCGCAGCAGUGGCGCGCGACAGAAGGCGCGCCGCAGCUAGAAUCGAGGCGGCUAGUAACGGGGACGGAGGGCGGAAACCGAGCAGGCGGGGCCUUUAUAGCCGCGGAAGGGGCGGGAGGCGCGGGGGGGGACGGUUUUCGCAGCAUGACUGCCGCGGAAUGUAAUUCGGGGGGAUUCAUAGUGGGGGGAGGGGGAAUGGGCGGCGCAGGGAUGGGGGGAACCGGGGGAGCGGUGGGGGUAGCGGGGGCGGUAGCGGAGCUGAUGGCAAAGGCGCAAAACGACAGCACGCACAGGGCGUAUCUGGCCAGGCGGUUACUGGAUGCCAGCGCGGCAGUGCAGGCAGGCGUUAGUUUGGGGGCGGUAGGCUUGGGGGCGGUAGAUUUGAGUGCAUCCAACGGUGGAGAUGUAAGCAUGAGAACCAUGGACCUGGGGGGCGCUAGUCUGGAAGCGGGCGCUAAUCUGGACGCGGUGGGCGCAGGGUCCGCGGAGCCUGCAGGGGCGGAACGAGCAGGCGGAGGCUUGGGGGGAUUGGGCGGGGGCGCGGGGAACACUUCUUCCCCCCCCUGCCUUGAGCUCUCCGCGGGUCUGGGCGGAGGAGGGGGGGCGGAAAGGGGCAACGGGGGAGGAAGGGGGAGGGUGAGACGGCAGCGGGAGUGGUGGAGUGAGGGGAGGGCGGAAGAGAUGGAAGUAGAGGGGGGGAGUGAGGGGUGCGGGGGGGGAUCCGCCGUAGGGGGAGUAGAGCUUGGGCUGUCAACUGUAACAGCAGCAGCUGGUAACAACGCAGUAGCAGCAGAAGCGGCAGCAGGUGCCGCAGCAGAAGUAAGUAACCUUGCACAUUGUCGAGACGAGCCACAGCAGCAGCAGCAGCAGCAGCAGCAGGAGAAGGAAGAGGAGCCACGGUUGAUGCAGCUGCUGCCCAUGCAGUGGUGCUCGGAGGACCGACCAAAGGACAGCUCGAUACAUCGUAGCAGUGAUAGUCCAGCAAAAGAGGCACCGGCAGAUUAUACUGCAGCCACAGCGGCAAGCCCGGACCUAUCGCUAGGCAGUGCGACCCAGCUGAGGCUAGAACCUGCCGAACCAAGUGGUUUAGGCUUGGCGUCAGCUUUGGCUCUUGGUUCGAAAGCUGAGCCUGUUCACGAGUCAGAACGAGCCUCCAUGUUCGGCCGCCCUGCCCCGUUUUCCUUAUCCAUGGCGUCGCCUCUACAGCCUCUACAGCCUCUACAGCUGCCCAUGCCCAUGGCGUCCCCGUUACAAGCGUCUCCUCUACAGGCACCCGUAUCCAUGGCAUCGCCCCUUGGCCGGGAUAUUUGCGCACCAGGUGGCCACCCAGACGACUUUGGGGCGCGUUUGCAUGCAGCUGCUGCCUCCGCUGCUGCUGGUGCCACUGCUGCUGCUGCAGCUAGUGCUAGUGCUGCUGCUGCUGCUGCUGCUGCUGUCACAGCAGCCUCAAGUGCUGCUGGCAUUUCUGCACCUGCUUUCGGAGUAACCUCUAGUGCUGCUGCUGCUGGUGCUGCUGCUGCUGCUGCUGCUGGCGGUGCUGGCGGUGCUGGCGGUGCUGGCGGUAGCACAGGGGCUCUGUUCUCUGCCUUCCCAUCUACUCCGCCCCCCUCUACGUUGGCCGCCCCUCUCUCUGUCCCCAACUCCCGCCCCGCAUCCUCUGCCUUCCGCCCCUAUCCCGCCACCCAGCGGGGAGAUUACCAGCCUGGUAAGGCAGAGCCGAGCACCGAGCCUAGCAGGCCCGGCGGAGACUCGUCUAGGCUCGGCACAGACUCGUCCAGGCUCGGCGCCGAGCCUGGCCGGCCUGCGAAGAAGCAGUGCUGUUCGCCCGUCAGCCAAGCCUGCCACUCCUCGCCCCAGAAUCCAGAUGCUACUCAAAAGGCUUCUCCGUUUCUCUCCUCUCUCCCCUCGUUCUCCUGUCGCGCCCGCAGCGGCACUGCCAGCUGCCCUGCUGCCGCUGCGGCCAGGUCCCUGUUUGGAGCGAUCAUGGGGUCCUCGGGAUUUGGUGCUGCCAGUACCAGUGCCAACGGUAGUGGCAGUGGUAGUGGUGCUGCGGUUGGGUCGUCCUCAGCUGCUGCUACAACCGCCCCGGCUGCUGCUGCUGCUGCCACAGCUGCUACAGGUGCUGCUGCUGCUGCUGCUCCUGCAGGCACGUCAGCAUGCCCGGGCGCGCCUGCUUGGUUGGUGGCUCUCUCCGCUUCCCUUGGUAUGGGCGGAGGGAAGCAGCAGCUGACGCAGCAGCAAGCAAAGCAAGGGAAGCAGCAAGUGCAGGGGAAUCAGCAACGGGCGCAGAAGCCACAGCUGCUGCAGCAGCUGCAACAGGCGCAGCAGCAGCAGCAGGCUAAGCAGGCACCUUUAGCCGUUGCUGCUGCUGCUGCUACUGCCAGUGCUGCCACCGAUGCGAAUGCAUGCGGAUCGAGAAUUCUGCGCCUGGCGGAGCUGUUAAGCGAAGCAGAGAGCCAGCGCAAGGCACAAGCAUCGUCAUCACCAUCUCCACCGCCAGCAGCACCAGCAGCACUCGCCGCUGCUACAGCCCAUGGCACUGCUGCUGGUGCUGGGGCUGGUGCUCCUGCACCAGCACCGCCAGCUUCCCUUGCGGCAGGGCUAGCAGCUGCAGUGGCUGCUGCUAGUGCUGCUGCCGCUGCAGCUGCUGCCACUGGGGCAGGCGCAGGGGCACGAGGAGCAGCAACCGGAGUAGCAGGAGCGAGAGGGACGUCAAAUAGUAGCAGGAGCACCAUAAGGCCGAAAUCUCCCACUGGGUCAACCCCCUCUCCUGCCCUGGGCCCGGGCCUGAUAGGCUUGGGCCAAACCAGCAACCGAACCUCCUCCAAGGCCUCGCUGUCUGCCGUACCUGCACCGUUCCCCUCUCUUGGCGCCAGAAACUCCGCCGUUGCCACGUCUGCUGUUGCCCCUGCCAUCAAUGGUGUUGCUGCUACUGGGGUUGCAAGCAUUGGAAUUAGUGGUAGUGGCAGUGGUGGUGGUGGUGAUCUAGGGACUGGUUUCAGCACAGAGCCAGGAACGAGGAAGGGGAGUUUUCUGCCCCACCUGAUGCUGGCGCUGGAGAACUCAAAGAAGGCGAAGCAGAGUGCUGCGGCUGAUUCAAAGCCCGGUGGUGUGAUAGGUGGGAUAAGCAGUACCGCCAGUGCCCCGCCCAGUGCUACAGCCGGCAUUACAGGCGGUGCUACUUGCAGCGCUACAGCCGUUGGUAGUGCUUCGGGUGCUGACUGUGGUCUGAGGCAGAUUGGCAGCGGUGACGCAUCGGGUGUUGCGGUCCCCAAUCCAGGGAUAGGGGCAGCAAUUGCAGCUGCAGCUGCGGCUGCUGUAGCCUCUGCUGCGGCCGGUGGUUCGUUUCCAGCAGUCGGCGCGGCGACAGGGGCGCAUGGAAGGGGAAGGGAGGCCAUGGCAUUUUCUGGUGGGGCAGUUGCUGGUGGACUAGCUGCAGCGGGCAUGGGUGCAGGAAGGGGUGGGGGAGGUGGGGUGGCAGAUGGAGGGGAAGGCAGAGGAGGAGGGGGAGGAGGAGGAGGAGGGGGAGGGGCAGCUGGGAGAGGGGCGUUGAGUGGGGUGGGAGGGAAGGGUCAGGCGUCGUGGCAGAGGGACGAUCAGAUCACCCCCACGUCUGUCCUUGAUGUCGCCAUGUCCGAUGCCGACAGUGAGCAAGCCACAGCGGAUGUGCGCAUGGCUGAAGCUGCUUCCUUUUCACUACCACCCUCAACCGCAGCAGCAGCAGCAGCACCAUCAACAGCAGCAUGCGCGCCUGCCACUCCCCUGCCGCCCAGUCUCAUAGCCCUCCUGGCAUCCCAUGCCGCCGGGGCUGCUGCUGGGAAGCAAGAUCCAACGCAGCAGCAGCAGCAGCAGCAACAGUUUUCGCCAGAGCCACCCGCCUGGCAGCGCAGUUUUGCAGCAGCUUUUUCAGCGACCCACGUGGCCGUGGCCCCCUCACCUCAUGUAAACCCCCCUGCUCCUACCACUGUCGCCUCUGGUGCCACUGUCGCUGCGCCACACCCUUUCUCCCUCACCCCUUCUCUCCCCAUGGCAGCUGUCUUUCACCCUGCUUCUUCCUCUCCUUCCCCCCCUCGUCCUUUUGAGUCCACUCGCAAGCCUCCCACCACAGCUUCCCCUCACCCUGUUCUUUCCUCUCCCGCGCCCCCUCCUCCUCCCUCUUCUUCUGCUGCCACUCCUCCCACUGCCGCCAGCGCUUUUGCUGCUCUGGUGAGGGCCAGUGAGGCCGCUAACCCCUCCACGUCCUCUCACCAGCCCAACCACCCAGCACCACCUUUUUUGCCUCCUGCUGCACCUCCAGCAAUCUCAGCCACUCCAGCGGCUGCAGCACCCGCUUUCGGAUCGUCAAUUCCAGUUGAUAGCACCGAUCCUUUUUUCCCUCCCACUCGUCCCUUCUCGCACUCCCCCCCCUCGCCUCCCUCCUCCUCCCCUGCUUCCUCGAACCCCUCCUCCUCCACCUGCUCCCUCACUGCUCUCCAAGCCUCCCUGCCGAGCCUCCCGCUCCCAAACCUACCGCUGCCGAGCCUGCUGUCGUGGCACCGGAAGGUGGAGGGCGAGGAGGCGGCGCUGCUGCGGGAGCAUGCAGCCGCCAUCUGGCAGGUGUCCAAGGCCCUUAUGGGGCAGCAGCAGGGCCAGGAGCAGGGGGUAUUGCCUAGGGCACUUAUGGGACAGGAGCAGGUGCUUGAAGGACAGGACCAGGGGCAGGGGCAGGGGCAGGGGGAGCAUGCAGCCGCCAUCUGGCAGGGGUCGAAGGCCCUUAUGGGGCAGCAGGUUGAACAGGGGGGUCUGUCUAAGGCGCUCAUGGGGCAGCAGGAGGGGCAAGGGGCAGAAUUGGGCGAUGUACCGAAGCCUCUUAUGGGAGCGGAGCAGGGAUGUGGAGCUCCACGGGAAGUGGAAGCGGCUGGUGGUGUGGCAGCAGGCACAGCAGCAGUAGAAAGCCCUGGGCUGGCAGGCAUACAGGCUUUGGCAACCCUAGCUGCUCUGCACCAGCAGCAGCAGCAGCAGCAGCAGCAGCAGCAGCAGCAGCAGCAGCAGCAGCAGCAGCAGCUUCAGCAGCGGCAGCAGCAGCAGCAGCAGCAGCAGCAGCAGCAGCAGCAGCAGCAGCAGCAGCAGCAGCAGCUUCAGCAGCGGCAGCAGCAGCAGUCAGUGUCAGGCACACCCUCAGCCUGUGAAUCUCCUGUCACUGCUCCCGCUGCCGCUGCUCCUUUUUCGUUUGCAGGGCUCGCCCCUGUUAAUUUGGCGGCGGGUGCUCUGGCGGGUACCAGUGGUGACGUUGCUGCUGCCGCUCCCUGCCCCUAUAGCUCAGCAGAUCAAUCAACGGCCAAAGGCGGAGUCCCCUCCCAUGGGCUCCCCUCUGAAGGGGUCCCUUCACAGUCUGGGUCUGUGCGGAGAAAGGUGUCGGGGAAGAGGAACAAGCAGCGGAGCACGCAGUCCAACACCACCACCACUGGCACCACUGGCACCACCACCACUUCUGCUAGUACCGAUUAUUCUUCUGCUUGCAGCCCUGCUGGUGCGAUGCCAGGUGUUACGUCAGGUGCUGUGCCAGGUGCCAUGCAAGGUGCCACAUCAGGUGCAAUGCCAGGUGCAGUCACGGGCACAGGAUCAGGCAUCGAUGCAGCUGUGGAUGCAGGCUCAAAUCUGGAGGGGGGUGGAAGAGGCAGAGUAGCCCCGGAUUCUUCUCCUACGUGCACGGCGCUGAGCCUAGGUGCAGGAGGCAUCACCAUGGCGGGUAUUGGCGCAGUUGUGGCUGGCAAUGCAGUGGAGUCAAGCGGUGCAGUGAGCAGCAGCAGUGCAGGGCCAGCAGCAGCAGCGGCGGCGGCACAACAGGUGGGAGUGGGCAGCAGUGUGGCUGGGGGUGCAGAUGGGCAGGCAGCAGUGAGCGGCAGUGCGGUAGUGGCGGCGCACCAGGCGGCGGCGGCGCUGUGGCAGGAGAGCAUGGGGAAGAGCCGCGAGGAGGCGGAGGCACUCUGUGAGGAGGCUGUGAGGGCGGGCACGCUCACCCACGACCAGGCGGCUGAGUUCUGCGGGCUGCUGUCUAAAGAGAGCUUGAGAAGCCUGCGAGAGUCACUCCUAGCCAUGGAGGACAAGUUCAGGGGCUGCUCCAUAGAGGACCUGGAGGAGAGCCGCCGGCAGGCGUGGCGGGAGUUCUGGGAGAAGCUGGAGGCCGGGAGGCGGCGCGGCGGGGCAGCUGUGCGCGAUGCUCAGGGCGGGGCGAAUGGGGUUGCAGGAACUACGGCUGGGGGCGGUGCCGCCGGCAACGGGACGUGCAUAUUCUAUGGCUGCCGGGCGUUCUUCUGAUGUAGCGGGCAAGUGGGUUUACCGACUACGGAGGCGGGCAGGCAGCGCGGCGGGGCAGCUGCGCCCGAUGCACAGGGCGUGGCGAAUGGGGCUGUGGGGGCUACGGCUGGAGGCGGUGCUGCUGGCUAUGGGACGUUCAUUUUCUAUGGCUGCCGGACGUUCUUCUAAAUGUGAGCUUAGCUUACCCACUUGGAGGCGUGGGGAGGCGGCGUGGAGGGGUUGCUGUGCGCGAUGCACGGGGCGGGGCGAAUGGAGUUGCUUGCAGGCAGGGACUACUGCUGGAAGCAGUGCCGCCGGCAAUGGGUCAUGCGUAUUUUACGGCCGUCUGGCAUUUUACCGUACGUGGUAUAUAAGGGUGUCAGUGUCAACUUAUACAUAUAUUGUUAUGUAGAAGUUAUAGGCUAGAUAGGGUAUGUUCCUAGUGCGUACAACCCAAAUGCUAUAUCUCCCCUGUUCUCCCUUCUUCUAAUCAUUCUUUCAAGUCUUAAAGCCGCGGCCCCCAAAUUGGUUUUGGGCCUGUCUGAUUCGUCAGAGUCCCCUGCCUUCCCUUGGUAUGGGU